UUGUAAAAAACACAUGUUACUUCUUUGUUUUAGGUUUAAUCUAACACCUUCUGGCUCAGCAUGCAUGUAAGUGGAAAGAGGAAGGACUGUGUUUAACAGUUUAAAUUUAUCUUUAUCUUACAGAAUCUGUCUUUAUUCUCGGACUCUUCUGUGUUGGAGGUGGACGUGUCUGUGAUGUCACUGAGUUUCAUCUCCUGCACAUUAUUUAUCUGUGGAGGUUUUUCUUGUUUGAAGUCACAGACGAGAGCAGCAGCUACUAUGAGUGUAACUGCAGCAGCCAGUGGAUUGGUUGUCCUUCUUCUCACUGUGACAGUGGUACAGUGUGAGAAUGGCUGGGAUGUGAGUUACACUUCUACUGAGAUCUGUGCCAUCAGAGGAUCAACAGUGGAAAUUACCUGUACCUACACAUACCCAUCCACAUUUAAUAACCAUGAUACAGUUCAGGAACCUUUCUGGUUCAUUAAAGAGAGUAAUGGGAUUCACGUUGAUCUAAGGACUGAUCCGGAGUAUUCAGGUCGUGUGGAGAAUCUCUGUGGAAACAACAAGUGCACUCUGAGAAUCUCUAACCUGAGAGAGAGCGACUCAGCUGUGUACAAGUUCAGGUUCACAACAAACCAACCUACUGGGAGUUUAACUGGUUCAGCUGGAGUCACUCUGUCUGUCACAGGUUUGCAUGUGCAGGUGAGCACAUCAGGGAAGUUUGGAUCUUAUAGAGAGUUAGAGCUCAGGUGUCAGAGCAGUUGUCGUCUUCCUGAUCAUCUGAACUACGUCUGGUACGAGAAUCAACAGAAGACGAAGAUUGAAGGAGAAUCUUAUUCAGGUGAUUUUCAUCCUGCAGACAGAGUUUCCUGUGCUGUUAAAGGACUCGAGGAUUUCCGCUCUCCAUCAAUCAGUGAGUUUAAUCUACAAUGUAAGGAGUCAGUUUGA